AUGGAGAGGGAUGAGAGAAUGAUGGAGAAAGCGUUGAAUAGUGGUGUGGUGGUACGUUACAUUGUGAAACCAGCAACAGCAAGUGACUUCAAAGGUAUAUGGCAGUACACAAUACCUUCAAUAGUAAUGAAAAUGAAAGGUAAGAAGAAGCCAACAUCUUCAUCAUCACCACCAUUAAUAAGAAGCACAAGAGAUCAACAAGAUGAUAAUAACAUUGAAGAUUCUUCAUGGACUACUAGCAAAGGACAUCAUAAUUAUUAUAAAGACAUCAUCAUGUCAUCAUCAUCAUCACCACCACCAUUGAACAAAAUUGUCAAAAGAAAGGAGUUUGUUGUGAGGGCUUCAAAGAAUGCUGCUGCUUUUGAAGGCGGCGGCGAGAACAAUGGAUCAUCGUCGUUGUCUGGGGUUAUCAAGAAGAGCAAAGUUGUGUGGACAAGCGAUCUUCAAAGCCGUUUUUUACAAGCCAUAAACAUUAUUGGGUUAGAAAAUGCAGUUCCAAAAAAGAUUCUUGAAGUCAUGCAAACACCAGGACUGACUAGGGAAAAUGUGGCAAGUCACUUGCAGAAAUAUCGGCUUUUUCUAAAGAGAGUGGCUCGGAUGUUUGCGAUGCUAAUGAACCAUGAGACAAACAAGAAGGAUGUAUUCACAAGUUUGGGAUCAAAGUACCCUAAUUCACUGAUGUUAAAGAACAUUAAAGAGGAAUUCAGAAGAAUGUUAAAGUUCAGAAAACUUAGAUCAACUUUUUCUUCUUCAUAUCCUUAUUCCUCAUCAGCCAACAAGAACCCUAAUUCUUCUCCCUUAUUCAAACCAACAUCCAUGUUUCAGUAUCAUCAUCAUUCUAGCUUCCCAAAGUCUCAUCAUCGUCAUUCUACUUUUUCAUAUUCCACCCCAAAAAUGAACGCUUAUGAAAUGUUACAGGAUCAAAUAAUGCCUGCAAGUACUUCAAGUAAUAUUCACACCAACAAUUUCACUGGCACUGGAUCAGGGUUUGCAUCAGCUUUUGAUGAACAAAGGGAUCAGAUGAUUCAGCCUAUUGGAUCAAAUAUUGGUGUUUCAAACACUUAUUAUGAUUCUUGUGGGUAUAAUAUUAAUAAUGAUAAUUCCUUCAUCAAUGGCUCAUCAAAUUUCGGUUAUUUGGUUGAUGGAAGGUUAAGUCCCUCUAGCUGUGAGCUUUUUAGGUCAAAUCAAAGUAUGGCAGAUAAAGCGGGAAGCAAUAAUGACAAUAUUCUGGAGCAAGAAAAUCUGUACGAGGUUUUGAAUAAUGAAGGAGAUCACAGUUAUCAAACUAUUGAAGUUGAAGGGAAUUACAAUAAUGACGCCUCACUUGUGCCACUAGCUCAGUAUUCAAACUUCAGCACUGGAUUUGAUUACUGUGGUGAUAUCAUCAUGGAAGAAUUAAAUGAUAAUGGGCAGUUCUCUAAUCAGCAGCAAGAAAAUCAAGAAGUGGCUGGCAAAGAUAUUGACCCAAGAGUUGAAUCUACCAAUGACUAUUUUCCAUCAUUUGACCAAAUCUCUGAUCAGUUAAUGGAAAGCCUGAAUUUCUCUGAGAAAGACUUGGAAAAUCUCAACCUCGAACAAAUUCCCCAGGAUUGGGACGAUGACUUCCUGGAAUCUUUAUUCAACAAUGGACUCACCCUACCUUCAUUUUCAGCCAUCAAACCUCCACAAAACUCACACCAUUCUUCUCCUCUCCUCAAUUUUGUUCCAUCCCUCCCAUUUUCUCAAGGAUCCAAGCUCUUCUUCUUCAUCCAAGGUGCUAAGAUGUUCGGCUACUAUGCUCUUCUUCUAGGGUUCUUGAAGAUGAUGAAGGUUGGCUAA